AUGGAGGAGAAGAGAAUAGGCAUCGUUGGAGCCGGAAUCAGCGGGCUGUUAGCGUGCAAACACGCCAUGGAAAAGGGCUUCACCCCGACAAUCUUCGAGGCCAGGGACGGCGUCGUCGGCGGCGUCUGGUCGGAGACCAUUGCUUCAACCCGCCUACAAACUCCCAAAGAUCACUACAGCUUCUCAGAUUUCCCGUGGCCUGAUUCCGUCACCGACAUCUUCCCCGACCACACCCAGGUUUCGGACUACAUUGUCUCCUACGCCGUCCGCUACAACAUCCUUCCUCAAAUCAGGUUUAAUUCCAAGGUGGUUAGCGUCCACUAUCAGCCUGCUAAUGAAGAAAAGGCGGCAUUCUCUUGUAAUGGCAAAUGGAGUGUUGUUGUGCAGAAUCUGAAGCACCCAGAGAACCCAAAUGAGGUUUAUGAGUUUGAUUUUGUAGUUCUGUGCAUUGGGAAGUUUAGUGGUGUGCCAAGAAUCCCUCGGUUUGCUAUGAACAAGGGACCGGAGGUGUUUGAUGGCAAGGUUAUACACUCCAUGGAUUAUGCUGCCAUGGGCAAUUUUCGUGCAGCUGAGUUCAUCAAGAACAAGAGAGUUACAGUGGUUGGGUUCCAGAAAUCUGCAGUGGAUAUUGCCACAGAAAUUGCUAGACUAAAUGGGACAAGAUUUCCUUGUACACUCCUACAUAGGACAGUACAUUGGACAGUUCCAGAGGCACUUGUGAAACUGUUGUUUACCAAUCUGAAUAGAUUUUCAGAGUUUCUGAUCCAUAAGCCCCAGGAAAGCUUCUUCAUUUGGCUAUUGGCACUUCUUGCUUCACCCCUGCUAUGGGUGUUUUCUAAGGCUGUGGAGAGUUAUCUGAAAUGGAUUUACCCAUUAAAGAAGCACAACAUGGUUCCGGAUCAUGGAUUCCUCGAGCAGAUAUCCUCGUGCAAAUUCACAGUUCUGCCAGCAGAUUUCUACAGCAAGGUUGCAGAAGGUAACAUCGUGCUAAAGCAAUCAAGAACAUUUAGCUUCUGCAAAACAGGCCUGAUUUUACAGGAUGAUGAUGAUGCUUCGCCUCUCGAGACAGAUGUUGUUAUCUUUGCAACGGGGUACGAGAGUGAUGAGAAACUCUGCAGUAUCUUCGCCUCGAAUCACUUCAAGAAUCGCAUUACUGGCUCAUCAGCUCCCCUCUACAGGGGGUGCAUUGAUCCACACAUACCGCAACUGGCCAUUCUCGGGUACUCAGAGAGCCCUGCAAUACUGCACACCACAGAAAUGCAGAGCAAAUGGCUGGCGCAUUUCCUUGCAGGGCGAUUCGGGUUGCCUAAAGUGAGUGAAAUGGAAGAAGAUUCGAGGGGAUGGGAAAAAUGUCUGCAAAAGUAUGCUGGCAGACACUACAAGAGAGCUUGUGCCAGUGUUCUGCUGCAGAUUCACUGCAAUGAUCAGCUCUGCAAAGAUAUGAAUUGUAAUCCCAGAAGAAAGAAUGGGUUUUUCUCUGAGAUGUUUUGCCCUUACAGCCCUGUUGAUUACAGAAUUUAG